AUGAACUGGUCACAGGCCCUGACACAUAUAUGGCAGAAAACUACCUGGUCCGGCCUCAGUGGGAGAGCUUCUAAGAAAAUUGGGAGUAGAGAGCAGCUGUCUGCAGCCUUGACUGAGGUGGAAAGGUUGGCGGAACUCACUGGCCGUCCCAUGAGAGUUGUCGGCUGGUACCAUUCGCACCCUCACAUAACGGUGUGGUCUUCACACGUGGAUGUUCGCACGCAAGCCAUGUACCAAAUGAUGGACCAAGGCUUCGUGGGACUUAUUUUCUUCUGUUUCAUAGAAGACAAGAACACAAAGACCGGACGUGUCCUCUACACUUGCUUCCAAUCCGUACAAGCCCAGAAAAGCUCAGACUAUGAGAGAAUCGAAAUCCCCAUCCACGUCGUUCCUCACGUCACCAUCUGGAAAGUUUGCCUGGAGUCCGAGGUGGAGCUGCCGAAGAUCCUGUGUCAGGAGGAGCAGGACGCGUACAGGCGGAUCCAUAGCCUCACACAUCUGGACUCGGUGACCAAGAUCCACAAUGGCUCGGUCUUCACCAAGAAUCUGUGCAGCCAGAUGUCGGCGGUGAGUGGGCCUCUGCUGCAGUGGUUAGAGGACAGAUUGGAGCAAAACCAGCAGCAUCUGCGGGAGCUGCAGCGGGAGAAGGAGGAGGUCAUGGUGGAGCUGCGUUCGCUCGAAUAAAGCGAGGGAGCAGCAAAA